AAUUACUAAUACAAAUGAUAACGUAAAUAAACGAAUUCGUAAUUAUUUGUUAGUUUAUGAAUUUCUUCAAUACUGAAUUAAAUUUUAUUUGUAUCUUGAAGUUUUAAAAUUAUUUAUUAGUUUUAUUUGUUCUCAUUUUAGUUUAGUUAUAAUGUUUGAUAAUUUAUCUAUUUGGAAAUGGCAUAUGGUAAAGUAUUGAAAUUAUUGUUUUACUAAUUGAAAUACUAGUUUCUCAUGAAAAAUGGUUUUAAAAAUAAAUUUCAUAUAAAUAUAUAUAUAUAAAUAUUUUUUUUUUGUAAAUGCCCUAGGGCUUUGUUAUUUAAAUGACCUAAAGGUCUUUAUAAAUAUGUUUAACAAGAUAUAUCUUACAUACUAGAUGUUAAUAUAUACUUUACACAUUGAUGAAGUCACACUUCUAAUGAUGUACCUACCCUUGAUAGAUGGCAUUGUUUCUUUCAAACCAGUAAGCUACUCUGUGAUGGUUCAAAGAGCGAGUUUUUGGUUUUGUUGUAUUAUAUUAUAUCAAUGUUGAACUUACCGGCACAACCCCACAGUUGAAUGCCAUAUGUCAAAAUUAAUUUUAUGAUAGCUAAAUAUAGUAGACUUUUGUUUUCUAUCUAACUCGGGGUAGGGUCCAACUUACCAGUAGAGCUUUCACUUUUUUUUCUUUAAUCUGUAUUUUUUCCUAACAGACAUAGUGUUUCCAGUUCAAAUGAGAAUCAAGAUGCAUUCCAAGAUAUUUUGUUGAAUCUUUUUGUGGGAUUAAUGUUUGAUUUAACACAGUUUGGAUUUUUUUUUUUUCAGUUAUACAUAAGAUAAUUGAUGUGUACUGACAUAACUCACCAUUUAUUUAAAUUUUCCAAUCUCUUGUGUAGGCAAAAUUGUUGUUAAUUGACUUUUUUAAGUUAAUCAGUUACAGUUAACUGAUUUUUACUUGUAGACAAAAUUGUCGUAUCAUUAGAAAUAUAUUUUAGUAUAAAUAUAUACUUAUUGUAUACCUCAUUUAUGUAUAUAUUACAUCAUUAUUUUAUCAUGAACCAAUUACCUUAUGGUUAUUUAUGAAGAUGUUGGUUUUGUUCAGUCAUUAAAGAAUCCUAUGAUAACUUUACAGUAUACAAUAUUUUAAAUAUUUACCAUCAAUUUUUGAAUAUCAAAUGACAACCUAUAUGAUCAAGCCCAAUUCAUAAAAAGAAUAGAUACUUUUUUGAAAAAUUGGUUCCUAUCCAUAACACUAUUUAGUUAAAAUAAGAAGUUUAAAAUUGAGGCCAAAAUAAUAGGACAUUGUCAUCUAAAAAUGAAUGUAUAAUUUAUUAGGUACCCUAAUCCUUUUAAGUUUUAUGUACUUAAAUUAAUAUUUAUGUAUUUUAUUUAAACUUUACAUCAAACAACUAUAUUCAUUUUUCAAAUUCAUGAAAAGUAUUAAUAAUUUACUGUUUCAAAUGUUAAUAUAUAAAUUAUUUAAUAAAAUUAUAUUUGAAUAUAGGACUUUGUUGGACAGAAACAUGCUGAAUAUUUAUUUAGAACCAUUAUUUCACUAUGUGGGGUAAGUUUUAAUUAUACAUUAAUCUAUUCAAAUAGCUUAAGCUUUAUUUGUAUCAUUAUAAUUUAAUAUUUUUGUUUUUAGUUUGUCGGUUUUAUUUUGGGAUAUGUAAAAGAGCAAUUUUCAAUUACAAUUGGUCUAACAUUAAUUGGAUUUUUUGUUUCUGCUAUAGUAAGUAAAUUAAUGUAUAUAUUGUAUGACAAGUAAAUUGAUGAUUUUAGACAUUUAUAUGAAACUUAAUUUUUGGAAUAUCAAUAUUAUGGUUAAAUAAAAAUAUAUUUUUUUUUUUUGUGGGGGUGGCUUUAUUUUUUAUUUGUACAGGUGUACCGAUACCAUUAAAUCUUAUUUCAAAAACAAUUUUAGUUUGCGAACAACGAUUUUAAGUGAAUAUUAAGGUUUAGAUUAUCGCUGAACAAAAAAUAUCAUAUGUGUAAAUCAUGAAAAUGUAAUAAAAAACAAAUAAGAUCCUAUAGUUGAUGAAGAGUAUAUCAACAAAAUUAUUAGCCUCAAAAUACAAAAGAUAGUAUAAAAUUAAAAACUUCUUUGGUAAUGUUAGUUGAUUUUAUCAACAUAUGAAUGUAUUUUCGUUUCGUAAUUAAUAACUUUGUCAAUAUGGUUAUUUUUCUUAACAACAUAAGGACCUUAUUUAUUUCUUAUUAUAAUGUAAUGAUUUACCUUCAUGCCAUUUUUUGUUCAGCAAUAAUUUAAACCAUAAAACAAUUAAAAACAUACCAAUUGUGUUAUUCACCUAAACUAGUAUUUUUCUAACCUUUUUUACAUAACACGCAUUUUAGAUUUUCAAAAACUGUACACUUCUUAUUUCAAAAAAAAAUUGAAGUUGGUGCUUUGCUACAAAUAAAUUGAUAUAUGGCUCAAUGAAUACUAACAUUACUCUCAAAUUUCCCUUUUCACAUAUUUCUAAUCGAUUCUAAAUUUAUGAGGAGUUGUUGAAUUGCACUAAAGCCUUACAUUUAAAUAUGUCAACGGAAAGGGAAUAAUUGAUAACUCCAUUUCUUUUUAAACUAGAGGGUAUAUAGAUUUGUUUGAGAUUGUUUGAGUCAAAACAACUCGUAUCCAUUGUGUUUAAAAUAAAUUUUGGCUUCUUCAGUGUGCUUGAAUUGAUCGAUGCAUGUUCUGUAUAUCUGUUAAAAUUAUUAGUAUACCCAUUUUGGUAUAAUAAGGUCGUUGAUAUGGAAGGCUAGAAAAUCCUGGAAAAUAAUCAUGUGAACUGUAAAAUUCUGGAAUGCAAAUUUCACAGACUAGAAAAUGGCAGGCUGUAAAAAUUCAGAAUAUGAAACACUAAAAUUGUCUGGACUGUAAUCGGCUGAAUAAAUAAAUGCUCAGAUCAGAAUAUUCCGGACUGUAAAAAUCUGGAAAACAUAAAUACGCACACUGUAAUGUCCUGAGCAAGAAAUUUUCGGAAUGUCACGCACAAGAAUAAUUUGGAAUUUUAAAAACACUAUUAAUACUGAUAAUUAUAACUCCGGGUCUGAACAUGUCUAUCGGUUUUUUUUUCGUUAAAUUCCGGAAAGUUCUUGUCCGGAACAUUUACAAAGUUUCAUAUUCCGGACUUUUACAGUCCUCUGUUUCUUGUUUCUAAAUUUAUAUAUAACGGAAUUUUACAGUCUGAAUAAAUGCUGCUAAUGAUUUUUUUAUACCAUUAAUGGUUUUAAGGUGUACUUGGUACAUUUUUAAGUCUAGAAUUUGUUUUGUGGUUGAUUAUUUAGAAAUAAAUUAAAUUCACAUUGACUAAUUUUGUCUUUAAAAUACAUAAUUCACAAUUAUGACAAUAACUAACUACAGAGCUAUUUGGACUUUGUGACCUUUGUUUUAGGUGUCAAUGUUUUACGCAAGUCCAAAUAAUAAUAUACAAUCUUUAUGAAUAUUUAUUUAUUAAUUAUGAAAUACUUUCUUAUUUUCAGUUAACUAUUCCACCGUGGCCCUUUUAUUCUCGUAAUCCACUCAAAUGGCAAAAAGUAAAAAAGGCAAAAAAAAUUGAACACAGUCUAACCUAUGAUGAAUAUAAAGAAGACAAAAAGAAAGAAAAAAAGAAAUUAAAGUGAAUUAGUUCAUUACAUAUUGUUUUUACGUUAAUAUCAUUCUAUUAUGUUAUAUAAUUUAUACUCAUUUAUUUGAAAUAAACAGAAAUUAUUGUAUAAUAUUUAUAUAUAUAUAUAUAUAUAUCAAUUAAAUUUAUAAUUGAGAUAAGUAUGUAUAAUUGACUAGGUUUAUUUCACUAGGUAAUUGUUUCUGUUUUACUUUGCUCAUUUAUAACUGUUAAAAUGUUAAAAGUAAUAAACUGUAACAUUUGAAAUAUUAACCAUUUGGAAAAAUAUAAGUAUAAUAAUAAAAUAAUGAUUAUAAUUUUAAAAAAGGCAGACAUACUUUGCACAAUAGGUGGGCCACUGUUAUAUGUGAGAAGUUAGGAUAUGGAAGGGAAUUUAAUUUAUAUCUACGCAACAAUAAACCAUUGCUAAUGAAAAA